UGUGACGACGAGUCGUUGAUCGAGCGUGUGGCUGUGUUGUGUCCGCGCGAGCUCGGCUGAAUCGAGCGGUGGCUCCUGUAUGCCUAGCUGGACAAAAUGAAGGACCAGGCGGGCCCAUCAGACUCCUUGGUGUCCGGCGUCAAGUUGGGCAUCGUCAGGCUGGGCCGCGCCGCCGGAAAGAUAAAGUAUACCCUUCUGGAUGAAAGGGACAUAACACUGGUCCAAGAAUACUCAUUCGAGGCUCGUGUGGAGGUGGACAAGGAUGGCAAUGGGGCCCAGAUAUUUGCCUAUGCCUAUGAGGUGAAUCAGGGAAAGGGUUCUGGGCAGUACCUGCACCAACUGCUCUGGGAGCGGCAUUUUGGUGGAGUUGCCCCGGGGUUCAGGGUGGGGCACCUGAACGGAGUCACCAUGGACAAUCGGCUGGAAAACCUGGCUUUGGAGCGCCUGCCCUUGACGCCUCACCCGACUGUUGUGCCAGCUACGCCUUUCACGCCCGUGACAGAGUCCCAGCCAAAUAAGCAACGCGAGCAGUCUCUCUAUUGGGCUGCCAUUCAGCAGCUACCACCAGAGCACCUUGUGGAAGAGCUUGCAGAUGCGGCUGUCACCAAAUAUUACAAUGCCAACGGUGAAGUGAUCGAGGAAGAUGAGGAAGGUGGCUGCUACUAUGAGUGCCACUAUCCGCCCUGUAGCAGCCUGGAGCGGGAGCCCCGGGAGUUCAGCAUCUGUGGCCGUUGCCAAGCCGCCCGUUAUUGUGGCCUCUUCUGCCAGCAGCGCGACUGGCCCUUGCACAAGCGCCACUGCCGCCCCCGGCUUCGAGCACAUCGAGAGAAACCCCCUGAGCGAUGACUUCACUUGUCCGGGUAUUUGUAGAGACCUUCCUUCUCUGCCUGUGGUGGUUCGAAGCACCACUGGGACCUGCACUAAGGUGCUUGCUCAGCCUCACCUAUUGUAUGCCAAGCUUGAUGAGUGUCCCUAGGUGGAAGUACUUGUCAGCUGUGGUGGUAGCUAGCUCCAUUGAGCAUUCGUUGCUCUUGCUUCACUGCCAGAACAUCAGCUUGCAAACCGUGUGGGGGGGUUGCACACAGCAGUGCCUCCAAUCGAAAGUUUGAGUGUUUUUGCACUUUGUGUCUAUUAAAGCAGUGCAUGUGUGUGUUCUUAUUUUUUCACAGUCAUGCCAAUGCCUCUUUUUCAUCAGGCUUUUCGUUUUAACUGGUACUGUUGCCUUCCUGUAUCCCUCUAGUUUUGUUGUGAUGUCUUUGCUUGUCAAAAGUGCACUUUGUUGUUUUAGUGUCAUUGCCAUUCUUCCUUCAGUUUGUGUGAAAGGGGGAUGGUGUUGAGGAGUCAUUGACAUUCCUUGGAGGCUGCCCUCUACCCAGCUUUGUUGUUUGUCUAGUGGGCUCAUAUAGAUUGUUCGCAUUCAUUAUUGUGAGCAUGCAUUCUGAACUUGUUGUGAUGUUUGGUUUCGAGCUGGAAAGCAUAGAGUUUCAAUUUUUAAUUUGGAAGCAGUUUUGUGAACUCUGUCUGAAGGCAGUCUCUCUGAUAACGGGAAGAGCGGUGUCCUGGCACAUGUUCAAUGUCUGAUGGGAGUGCUUUUGAGCAGUCACAAUUUCAGAGAGCUUGCCAGUGACCUGGGUAUUUUAACGCUUCCCCGACUACUUGCCCUUAGUGAGGGUUCAAAACAAGUGUCUUGUAGUUAAGCUUAUAUCAAUGAAACAGUCAACGAUGAGUCCCCAGCAGUUUUAAUGGCAAUUAAUCACCAUAAAAUAAUUAAUUCCACAGCUGGUAAACUGCCACUGGUGUAGCUGCUGGAUACACUGCCUCCUAUUUUGUAGCCCGUGCUCGAAGCGUCUGAAAUUAGUGCACCCGUUGGUGUUUGAUGAUAGCGCCAGUUUUGGGGUCCUGCCUGCAACGGCCCCCUGUAAGUGCUCUGACCCUUAGGCUGACUGGUAAUCGAUCUGCAGUUAGCAUUACCAAUAUGCUCAGCGUGACCACUACUUGGUGCAAUAGCUUGCACAAACUAUCGCUGGUAUCACUGAGAAGUGUGUUUUGCCAAAGCAGGCAUGAUCACCAGAAUGGUGCCACUGAGCAGUGUUGGAAGAAGGGACCUCCCCACUGCUCCAUGCCGUCCAAGCCCUCUGACAACUUGUUAUUCUUGUGGGUAGUGUGUCUCACCUUACGGUGCCAGUUGUGACACACAGGGCUGAGCCAAGUCUGUCCGCAGUUGUCAGUGGUGCACAUUUAGCACUGCUGUAGGAACCACCUUGUGAUCUGUCGUUGAGCUGUUUGCACAUGUUUGGUGUAGUAGCGGUACCUGAACACUGCCAGUUUUACACGGAGUUUCAGUUUGAUAAGGUGAGAGGCUUGAAGCCUUCUUGAAAUUAGUGAAAUCCUGUCACAGUUUAGCAGUGCUGAUUUCCUGCUUGCAAUUGGAAGGAUUCAUGUAAUAUAACAGAUUUCUGUUGUCUGCAAGCCUAAGAUAGGAACAGUUUUAGCGAACCAGAAUUGGUGACAUUGGCUAAAAAUAGUGCUCGUUUUCGCACUAAUUGCAAUUCACAGCACUUUCUGGGGCUCCCAAAAUGUGGUCUGGGUUUCGCAAGUGCACUUGCGACAAGCUAGUUAAUAAAUAGCUACGUUGUGGCCGUAACAUAUGGCUGUGCUCUGGAUCCAAACAUACUAUGAUCAGCAUGUGUUCUGCGUGGUAGCAACAUCUUUUGGCAAAGAUUUUCAUCCUGAAUGCUCAAAGAAGUUAAUAUAAGAUGCACUUGGUGUCACCAUUGUGUUUCAGUGCAGAGAUUUCUGUGGCCAGAUUAGCUUUGAUAGCAGAUUAGCUUUAAUAAAAACUUUCUGGGAGCUACUUCCUUUUUGUGGUGUAAACUGCAAUUGGUGUAGGUAAAUAGUGAGCUGGUACAUCUGGGCAACUCAGUAGCAUGCAGGUCUGUUCACAUUUUUAAGACCGGUGUAAAACAUUAUCAUUUGCAUGUUCGUCAAUGUCUUUUAUCCUUCUUGACUACUCAGAUGUUUUAGUUGUUUUUGUAACUGCUUUCACCUUGUCUAAUGUACAUUGCUACAAUUUUUUUCAACUUGGGAGUUCUAAGAUUUUUUAAUAUUGAGCCUCAUUGCUCAUGUCUGGAUUUCUUGUAGUAUGAGCAGAAAUUUGCAUUUUGCAGAUUCAACUGGCAAAAUGGUAAACUGUACCAAAUUGGUAAGAUGUGCUGAAUUAUCUUACGUGUUUGUCUUCUACCUUAUUUUCAUUUUCUUAAGCUGGUGAGUGUCUCGGCACCAAUUGAAUACAAGCUUAAGUUCGCAGUAGCAAGUUUGACUUACUCACACAUGACGCAUGUUUAGGGUAGUCAUAAUGUUUCAUAUGUGACCUACUGAGCCGUUUAUUGCACUUGUGUGUUUCUGAGCAACACAAUCAACGCUUGUGGAGCAGUGCAUCGGUAUAAAGGUUUCUCUAGCUAGGGAAAUGAAUUGCAGCAAGCACGGAACUGCAGCAAGCACGGAACUUGUUGCACUAACAUAUGAAGACCUAGUGCUUUUACCAAGCCACCUAUUGUGGUACAGGACUAGGGUAGGAUUUUAAUGGGCAUAUAUACAAUUCAGCUGGUUUAUGUAGUGAAAAGUAUUCUAAAAACUGUUUUGUUAGCAUGGCACAAUACCUAAAUACUUAGCUAGACAAAGAACUACAUAAUAGUAAAUGGAUUCCCCUCUACAAUCAGUUGGGAAGUUUUUGGGAUGUACAUGAAGGCAACAGCUGCAUAACCUAGCAGCUACUGAAACUGGCCCAAUUUUAUUGCUUGUACGGCGUACACUCCAGUGGUGCCAUUUGCAAAGUUUGGCCGUUUUUGGUACCUCCUGCCUUUGUUGUCACUGUAUUCUUUAGUAGCUGACACAUGUGUUGUUGAAACCUUGUUGAGUUGUGAUAAGCCUCAAGAGCUUAAGAGCUUGUGCAUUCGUGCACUGAAUGCUUCUGCUGCAACCCAAAUAUGUGCGCUUUGUUAACUUUCUUGUGCCAUUACCAAAAAGUGUUUGUCAUUCACUGCAAAGUUUGUUGUAAGUAGCUUUGUAGUGGUCAGUCAUCCUGCUAGGAAAGGCCAGGAAUGGGCAUGAUGUAUCUGCUGUUGCUCAUCAUGCACUGGCCUGUUUCCUAAUAUGCCAAACAGGUCUCUUUUUUUUAUAUCCAAUGUCAAGUGCAUCUGCUGUUUUGCUGUGUAAAACACUGCACAGAAGCAAUGACAUAUUGUAGCUUGUAGUUUAUUCUGAGUGUUGUAGUAUGGUCUGUGUGUUCCACAUUCUGCAUUCUAGUCUGGCUGAGUGAACACAACGAGCACAUGAUCUCAACAAGCCAACAAGAUUGCAGAAUGAGUGACGUGUGCCACAGUGGUUCUGUUUACAUUUUGUUUAGCAACUAACUUUCGUACUGAAAGACAGUAGCUUGUGCAGUGUGGUCAGUUGCAAAAUGCAGAGGAACAGCAGCAGUGCAACGUUUUUCAUGCCUGAAGGAUGAUGGCGGGUCACGCUGUGGCCAUUUUUCAUCUAGCUUUUGACGACUUGAAAAUAAUAGUAAUCAGCCUGUCAAAUGCCUAGUAUGAGUGGCCAUCUAUCUAUACUACCUUUUGGUGAUGACAAUGCAACUGGUUCCAACUUGCCUUUGCAUGGCUGCCUAUGCUGGUGCAAGGCUUGAGCAAUAAGCCCAAAUCAUGAGAAUUCUUCUUUCUGCAUUUUGUCGCUGUCGAAAGCUGUGCUCCAACUAAAAGAUCAGUGGUAGUAAAGAAUGGAUAAAAAAUCUGCCACACAUUUGUCUUCAAAUAACACUCGUUGUUGGGCUAGUUAGUGCAUUGCCUCAGAAAAAAAAUUCCAGCCAAUAAAAUAACGAACACAGGAAACAGGAAUGCGGCUAGACUAUUAACUGUUUAUUCACGUUCGCAUGCCUCAAGUAUAUGUGAUCAUGCAGUCACAUGGUCAAGUUAGAAGCUCUUAAGAAAAGUUGCAAAAUACAAUAAACUGACGCACAAUCACUCAAUGCAAUCUUUGCCGUACUAAUCACUCAAGAUUACAAAAAAAGAUUCCGGGAAAGUUUUAUCCUUCCUGUGCACUGCCACGGAGCUAUCACUGCAACAUGCAUCACCAUUCUUUGCAGUGUGAGAAGCUUCUAGUUUUUUACGUGCCAAUUUGUCAUGGCUUCUGCCCAAAAUCCUGAUUUCGUUCAAAACUGGCUUACAUUUAUACUGUUUACAAUGAAGGGCUAAAUUGGAGCCUGUUCCUUUCUGUAACGAUUUAAAAUGUUCCCAGGCUUUAAAAUUCACACAACAACCUGUUUGGCCUAUGUACAACAUUCCACAAGUCAGUGGAAUUGCAUACACCACGCCAACAACACAAUUUACAAAAAUCUGCCCAUGCUUCGCUUCACACUGAGGUUUCUUCUUUCUCUCAAUGCGUGUGCAUAAGCCACCCAGUUUCCUUGGUGCAGAAAAACCACGAACACAUCAUACUUGAAAGCAACUUUUUUCAGGCUAUGCGCAACGCAGUGUGUAUAGGGCACCACCUGUGGUCUUAUCUGCUCUAGACCAGUCUGCGUGUUGUUUUUUUCUUUCAUUUUUUAUAGCAAAGAUUCAGAUACAGCGGACAAAACACAUCUGGGAAAGCCAGCGUUUUUUAGUCUAUCAAUCUGGGCGAUAAAGCUCGUCUCAAGCAUGUACUCACAGGACUUAGUCAGGGCAGAUUCAAGGCAAAGAGAACAGAUGGCUUUCUUAACAGUCUUAGAGUGUGUCAAGCCAUACGGUAACAACUCUCUUUGCUCUUGGCAAAUAUCCAACACAAGUGUCCUUCACAACACAUUAUAUUUGUCUAAAAAUUGCAGACGAUUGUUCACCGGCAACUCAUGCGUAAAGCAGCACAAUACGCUUUGCACGGUGUCGUCAUAGGCCACGUUAAAAUCAGUUGCUAAAAUUACCAAAAAGUCAUCCACGUAUCUACAAAUUCGCAGGACAGUGCCUUUGUCUAACGUGGAUUGUAACUCCCGGUCAAUAGAGGAUAAAAAAAAAUGUUUCACAGCACAGGGGCAACACAGGAUCCUAUGCACAUCCUUUUCUUUUAAAUAUGCAAGCCUGAGUCAAAGGAAACAACCGUCGACCGAAGGUAGAAUUUGAGGAGCAACAAACUUUCUCACACUAAUGCCCACAGAGUUUUGAAAUGCGAUAGUUCCAUUAUACUGAAUGCAAUGUCUGACAGACUUAAACAGCUCUGUAUGCGGUACGGAGUAGAAUAAAUCCGACAUCAAUGGAAAAUGUAAAACCUAUUUCCUUCUGCUUUUCUAAAAAAAGCAAUGACGUCUGUCGAAUCUCUUGUUAAAAAUGGGUCACACAACUCAAGCGCUCGCAAGUGGUCAAGCAAAAAUGAGCUACCUUGCUGUAACCAAGUACCGUGUUGACUGACAAUGCACCUGAAUGGCAUGUGUAGCUUGUGCGCCGUCACAGUGAAGAACACGUCUAAAGUUUCUUUCUUGCAGUUACUGAUGGCAGCGGCUAAUCAAGGAAGCUGCAUCUCAUUGCACAUAGCUAUCGCGUUUGUCUUCAUUCUGCAAGUCUUGCUGCUCACCUGUACAAAGUUCUUUGAUAAUGCUUCAGUUGCCUUUUUCUUUGUACCUUGAUGCAGACAUCACCACAAAUCUGCCUUCUUUAUCUCCUUGUAGUAAUCGUAGGUCGUUCCUUUCAAAGUAGGAGAUGACAUGCUGUGUGCUGUCCUUUGGUAGAAGGUCCGUUUUCCGUGCAGUUUUCAUAAUGCUGUCCACACCAUCUAACAGGCAUCUCUCACUGUCAUCUCUAGCUUUAUAAGCCAACUUCCUGUUUAACGUGAAUAGAUUGUGUGCCUGAAUCGUUGGCGGCACGCUGUACUUUGAUCUUUUCUGCAAAAUGGCAGCUACACCUUCAGGAACAGAGGCGUCGUCUAGAAGAACCAGUCUGCAGGGCUUAGUGGCUGCCUUUCCAGCCUUCCUCAGCGAGAACUGAAGGAGUCGUUUCCACAGGAACUCUGUGUUCUGCAUUGUGAUUCAUCUGUAGGUUUUCAUUUUUUCUUUAGCAAUCUACGCUGUGUCACGAGCAUAGCACAGCACCCGAAUCCAAUCGUACUAUAGUCUAACCCGCGUCCCAAUUUCUGACUUUAUGAUCUGGCAGAUACGCUUGACGUGCCCAAUAGACAGUGUGGCCAUUCUGAAAAAAGCCGCAAUUUCUGGCAGCACCAAACCGUUUCGUAAGUAGUAGGAGUAACACCUUGUACAGCAUGUUGCCGUGGAAAUUUGAACGAUCUAGCUGCCUUCCUGUCUCCUUUUUAGUUUCCUGUGUUUGUUAUUUUAUUGGAUGAAAUUUUUUCUGAAGUUUGUCUUCAAAGUGCUGCAACUGCUUUGCGGGACGGACACUUGUUUUGUGCUUCACUUCUUGCAUCAACAAGGUUCUGCUGGCAUGUUUGUGAAGAUGCAGGGCGUUUGGGUCCCAUCUUUUUUGUGGAUUAAUCUAGUCCCUUGCUAUGCAUGCACUUGCUUGUUUAUUUUCAUCGGUGUUUUUCGCUACUGUUCGUAAGUUUCAGUAUUUACAAGGUUUGCACAAAAAUAAUGUGCACACUCUGAUCGUCUCACUGAACUGAACCCAUCUUGUUCUAUAAACUGUUAUCCCAUUGCCUAGGAGUACCUGUGAAGUGGCUGUACUCUCUGGGGUGUUUUAAUGUACAGAAGUUUCUUAAGGGCAUCAAAUGAUAACCCGGCCUGUAGGUAAAACCACUGAAAACUGUCAAAUUAUGAACUUACAAAAGAAAGAAAACCUUGCCGUGAGUAAUAAGCUCCCCCUGGGUCCAAAUAUCUUUGACCGGAACUCUGUGAUUACCUCCUGUGGUAUACAUCUGUCAUUUGCACUCUAAUUGUAUACCAGCUCAGAAAUGUAGGCUGCAUUUCAAAGGAAAGUUUUAGCCAUAGUGAAGACCACGUUGCCUGGAAUCGGUGCUUUACUACUGUUAUAGACCCUCAAGAUCCCUGGGCGACCCCUUCAAUCGCUUAUAUGACCUACAUCGUAAAUUCCUCCUCUGUAUUACUCUCAUGCCUUUGUUGUAUAACUUUCUAAACAAAUUAUUUAUUGCCGUGAAAGUAUCCAGUAUGUGUGAGUGGUCAUAUACAAUCUUUUUCUUGCAUCCUGAAAGUUUUGCAUCAGUUGUACAAUAUUUCUCAUACGAGAACAAGAAUGGUUGGCGUCGCCCUUAGGUUGUGAAUAUGUGUUGCUGGAUUGUUAAUUGCUGGGUUCAGUUUCUGUCAUAUUGCCCUGUGCCUGACCUGAAUGAGCUCUUAUGAGAAAAACUUAAUUUUUGCUCAUCGUGCUUAAACUUGUGUGAGCCACAAAAAUAAUAAACCAUGUCGCCACAGAUCCAA